GGAGGCUGGGGAUGAUAAUUCCAUGUCUAUUGGGCAGAGGAGCGCGAACACACCGCUGGGUCUUGCUGCACAGCCCGAGCUCUCUCUCUCUCUGUGUGUGAGUGCCUCGUAUCUAACAUGAGGCAUUAAUACAGAGGUAGAUUUCUUAUUUAUUUAUUCAGAAGAGCCCGGGGACGUCGCUGGAAAGCUCGAGUUGCCGUGGAGCUGUUGUCACCCAGGCCGCGGGAUCGGGGUCUUGUUGCUGGGAGGAGACCGCUCGGACUCUCCGCCUCCCCCCCCCCGGGCUAGCUCUGUUAGCCGGCUACGAUGCGUCGCUGCGGCUGGCGUCUUCUCCACACGGCCGGCCCCUGGACAGCGAGGCGGGUCCUCGGUUGAGUCUUUCCACCGCCCCACCCGCGACUCGGACACACGCCGCCACACCGUUCCAGGAUGGAUGUUGAUUAUUAUGCUGGCGGGGACAGUACCAGGAGAAAAGUGGACCUGCCCGGGGUUGCAGAAGGCACAAUGGAUGUUACACCAUUCGAGAUGUAUGACUCGGCGCGGGCAAAAAUAGCCGCCAACCUCCGGUGGCUAUUUGCUAAAGCCUAUGGCAUUGACCAUAUUCCAGAGGACUUAAGGGACCCGUUCUACACAGACCAGUACGACCAGGAGCACAUAAAGCCGCCUGUCAUCCGCCUGCUGCUGUCUGGUGAACUCUACUGCCGCGUCUGCAGACUCAUCCUCAAGACGGAGCAGGCGGCGUCUCUUCAGUCCCACAUGUCCAUCAUCCAGGCCCUGUACUUCAAGGGGAUUUAUGUCAUGGAGAGCGACGACACGCGCGUCACGGAGGAGGACCUGGCCUGCAUGCCAAUCAAAAUGAGUGCUCACAUGCCCAUGAUCGAUGCCCUGAUGAUGGCCUACACAGUGGAGAUGAUCAGCAUCGAGAAGGUGGUGGCUUCCGUCGAGCGCUUCUCUACCUUCAGUGCCUCCAAGGAGCUUCCCUUUGACCUGGAGGACGCCAUGGUCUUCUGGAUCAACAAGGUGAACAUGAAGAUGAGAGAGAUUUCUGCUGGUGAACACAAAGUCAAGCACCACCCUUUGGAGUCCCCCAGCCACCAAAUGUCCCCCUCCAAAUGGUAUUGGAAGCUAGUCCCUGUGCGGUAUCGUCGGGAGCACACUUCAGGCCGACAGCCGGCUUUCUUCCCUCUACUGGAGGAGCUGAUGCGAGACGUUCGAGACGGAGCAGCGCUGCUCACUGUGGUCCACUACUACUGCCCAGACCUCAUGAAGCUGGAGGAUGUUUGCCUGAAGAAAGUGGCCUCCGUUGCUGAUAAGCUGUACAACAUCCAGCUGCUCCGAGAGUUUGCCAGCGAGUAUCUGAACAAAAGUUUCUAUCUGACAAUAGAGGACAUGCUCUACUCGCCACUCGUGCUUAAGCACAAUGUGAUGGUCUUCAUCGCUGAGCUCUUCUGGUGGUUUGAGACCGUCAAGCCAGAGUUUGUCCAGCCCAGAGAUCUUAAUGAGUUGAAAGAUGCUCGAGCCAUAGCUCAGCCCAAGAGUGCCCGUCCAUCAGUUCCCAUCUCCAACGCCACCAAGCGCAGCUUCCUGGCCAGCCCCGGCGUGGCGGAUAACCAGAGCAGCCCCGAAGUCUGUAACAGGUACUUCCUGCACCCCGAAGACUCUGAUCCCCUCAAAGGGGGUCCAAGCUUCAGUCCUUCCCACCCACUGCUGCCCCUGCGACAGAGGCAGCAGAAGCAGCAAGGAGAGGAUGGUGCAGGUCUUAGAAACCGCUCAAACUCCCUGACCCAGAUGGACGGACAACCAAGAGGCUCUGUUGCUGCGUGGCCAGACAAGAGGCAAAGACCACAGUCCACACUGAGCCCCUACAUGUUGCAUCCAGCCCCCUACAGCGAUGCAGAUAUGGCCUCCGGUGACAGCGUGAGUCUGGCUCGCUCCAUAAGUAAAGACAGCCUUGCGUCCAACGUUCUCAACGCCACACCCAAACACCAGACCUCUGUCCACCAGCCCCCGCAGGGGGCGAUGCGCAGAGUCAAUGGCCACGGCUUCUCCGGCAGUGUCAACGCUGAAAACGAGGACGAAACCAUGGUGGCGGUCGCGAGGACCGAUUGUGCCGCCGCCCCCAAAUGGGAUGACGGGACGCAAGCAAAUGCCGCAGUGGCAUCUAAACCUGCCACGGAGUCCAAACCAGCACCAGAUACCUUUUACCUAGAACCACUAAUGCCUGCCGCGCUCAAAGCGGCCAAAGAAAAGUCUGUAUGCCUAAACAAGGAGGAGGAGUGCGGCGAGGGGCCUCGCUCCUCAGGACGGGGUUCCUUACGCCAAGGAGAUGGAUCGACAUCAGCAGUUCGUAGGAAAGCAGCCUGCAACCUAAACCAAACCUUUACCCCUCCUGGUGUGGAGGCAGACAUGUCAGAGGAGCCCCACCAGGGUCAGUCAGAUUUCAGGCCCGAUGCCACUAGCAGUACGGACCCCUCGUCCAGAGAGCCAGCUGGGGGGUUUUACCUGCAUUCAGAUGCUGAAGAACCAAAGUCGGGCCCGGGCCUGGAAGCCGAGCUGGAGGACCUGGAUGAGGAUGAUUUGGAUGAAGCGGUUACCGUUAAAGACCCCAACUGGCCCAGGAAAACCUUCCAUGGGGAAGAAGACGAAGAGGAAGAAGAAUCAGCCAAACUCCAAGAGGAUAUGAAUGUGAAAGAGCACGAGGACAAAGACAUGAACGGUGGCAGCGGUCGCUCCAGCCCCUGUCUCAGCGCUCACUCGCAGGCCAGCAGCAUGGCCAGCGGCAGCGUGCGCAUGACCUCCUUCGCCGAGCGCAAAGCCCAGCAGCAGCGCUUCGGCAGCAACCACGACCUCCGCUCCAGUGCCUCCAGCUCCCAAAGGACCACCCCUGACGGAUCAGAGAGCAGCGGGCCCCUGGCGUCCUCCUGGAGGCUUAAACGAGACCAGAGCCCCUCCUCACCCUUGGGAGGGUGUGCUCGCACAGGCGACGGUAGCACUAAUGUACUCGCCUCCGAAUUCGUGCAGCUGCGCAUGCAGCUGGAGGAGAAGAGGCGAGCCAUCGAGCACCAGAAGAAGAAGAUGGAAGUGCUGUCGGCGAGGCAGAGGCAAAAGCUGGGGAAGGCCGCUUUCCUGCACAUCGUGAAGAAAGGCGGAGGCAAGAGUGACACGCUACCCAACCCGCUCAAGGCCGACAUCUCUAAAGAAGAGCUAAACGGGCAGAAGGGACCGUCGAGUAAAGAUGAUUUGUGUGUCGGUGCGCCGAGGGGGGACAAAGAGGUGGCGGGCGCCGCCCCGCCAGGUGCCUUAGAAGCCGACAAGAAGGGAAGCGGCGGCAACUUCUACCUAGAGGAAGAGUUGGACCUGAACGAGUGCAGCCGCUCCAUCGACCAGCUGAACGAAGCCAUCGGCAGCAUCCAGCAGCAGAUGACGCGGCUGUCGCUGCAGCAGGAGAUGUUAAUCAAACAGAAUGUACAGUCCCCGCCUGGUGCGACUCCGCCCCCUCCUCUCACCAGUGACAAAAACUCUGACUCUAAGGCCGGGGCAAGCUUUCACUAUGUGGAGCACAGCUCUGGCACCGCUGCCACCCCCACAAGGAAACCCCCCAAGCUGAGCUCGGGCCGGAGCCCCAGGUCCAAACCGUCAGAGCUGAAAAUAGCCAAGGAGCAAUCCCGGCUGGCGUCCAGGACCCUCACCCCCAACCAGAGCGAGACACUACCACACCGGGGGCAUUUAACCGGGGGCAGGUCCCCCAGGGCUGAGCAGCCCGACAGCCCUAGAAACCCCACAGCCGGAGAGACAAUCGACCGGCCGGGCUCGGGCCUCACCCGAAGCGCCGCCUCCCGGCUUCACGACGAGGCGAACAUGCGUCUGCCGACCCGAGUGGACCCGGCGGCGGUGGCUGUCCCAGAAGUGUCCUUCGACGAAUGCCUGUCCAGCACUGCAACCGUGUCCGACCUCAACUCUUCGGACGGUUCGGGGAAAGAGAACAUGCCAUCGGAGGAGACGCAGCGCAGCAAAUCCCACCUGAUCGAGGUCGAUCUGUCCGAGCUGGAGGCAGCAGAGGACACAGCGGACGACUCGGCACUGGAAGGAGACGGAGAACAGAAGUCAGUCAUGGGCUUCUUCUUCAAGGAUGAGCAGAAAGCGGAGGACGAACUCGCUAAGAAAAGAGCAGCGUUCUUCCUGAAGCAGCAGAGGAAAGCCGAGGAGGCUCGACUCCGCAAACAACAGCUAGAGGCCGACUCCGAGCUGAAACGAGACGAAGCGAGACGGAAAGCCGAGGAGGACCGCCUGCGGAAAGAGGAGGAGAACGCACGCCGGGAGCUGAUAAAGCAGGAGCACCUGCGGAAGAAGCAGAAGGCGCUGUUCGAGGAGAAAGGCCUUGUGAGGCCCAAGACCCCCAAGCCGAAGCAGAAGCACCGAGCCAAGUGUGCGUUCAGAGAGGAGUCCUCCAGCGACAACUUCUCCAAGGGCUCGUCCACACCGGACAACCUGAGCACUGGCCAAUCAGGCUCCAGUCUGUCUCUGGCCUCCGCCGCGACCAACGAGGCCGACAGCGUCAACUCUGGCGGCGCCGGCUCCCAGCGCUGCGACUCCGUGGAGUCGUUUCCAGGAAUUCGUAGUAACAGUCGAGCUGUGGAAAGAGACUGGGACAACGGCUCCACCGCGUCUUCCAUCACUUCCAUGGCUGAAUAUACUGGUCCCAAACUCUUCAAGGAGCCCAGCGCCAGGUCGAACAAGCCGAUCAUCCACAACGCAAUCUCUCACCGCUGCCUGGCUGGCAAAGUCAACGAGCCCCAGAAGAACCAGAUCCUCGAGGAGUUGGACAAGUGCGAGUCCAACCACCUGAUGAUCCUGUUCCGCGACGAGCGCUUCCAGUUCCGCGCGCUCUACUCGUACUUCCCCGACACGGAGGAGAUCCACAAGCUGACGGGCACCGGGCCCAAGAGCAUAGGCCACGCGAUGAUCGACAAGCUGUACAAGUACAGCUCGGACGGCAAGCGCUUCACCGCCAUCCCCGCCAAGACUGUGUCCGUGAGCGUGGACGCCCUGACCAUCCACAACCACCUGUGGCAGGCCAAGAGGGGCGCCGCGCCAAAGAAAAGUGUCAAAUAGCGGGCUGGUUUUUUUUCUAACCCUCUUAUCUUACAAAAUCCUCAAUCCCCCCCCCCCCCCCCCCCCCCCCCCAUCUCUCGCUUGUGUCCUGAACAGACUGCAUUGACGCUCACAGCCAAUCUCGCCGCCGCCGCCGCUCGGCUUGGGAACCUACUCAGGAGAGAGGCCGCAUCCGGGAACACGUGGUCAUCACGUAGGUGGACCAUCAAGAAACAAGGGGAAAAGUGUGUGUGUGUGUGUGUGUGUGUGUGUGUGUGCGCGUGUGUGUGUGUGUGUGCGUGCGUGUGCGCGUGUGCGUGUGUGUCACAGGUGGUCUGAGGGGCUGGUGCUUGCAACAACAAAAAGAGGAAUGCCGGCUGAAUGUGCUUCCCCUCCCCGUGAUCUCAGUGCGAUCUGUUCAGGUUUCGUUUUUUUCUACGACGACCACGACUCGAGCAUGUGGCAUUUUUUUCCCCCCUCCGUUUCUCAUAUGUGGUGGAUGUUCAUUUGUUUUUUUUUUUUACAUUAAGUAUUUAUUUAGUUCAGCACUGUCGUGGUCCAGAGCUCAGCUGCAGCACUACAAUCCUUCCUUCCUUCUCUCCUUUGGACACGUUUGGACUUAAAGGAGGUGGACCUCCCGUCGCUCUUUUCAGAAAACACCCCCCAAGCCGAGGGGCCUUUGUACGACCUUUUCUCCGGACGUGUCGCCCCCCCCCCAACCCUGAAACCGGUCUCUUCCUGCGCGGGCUGUUUCAAAUCUGUCGAAUCCGUCGAAUCAGGCUGGCAUUGCCGAUUUUUGCCUCACCACCAGGGAUCUCCACAAAAACCUGCUGCUCUGAACUGUCUCUUCUUCUUUUGUGUUACGGGGGGGGGGCGGAGGGGGCUCUCCUCAGGUCCCCCCCCCCACCUCCGACAUCCGUUGGCCUUUUCACGCAUCGUGGUACUAUCGUCUACAUACUCGACCGCUUUUUAUCGUGUAGCACUGGAUAUGUGUAUAGCAACAAAGGAAAAAAAAAAAAAAGUUAAACAAUGGUCAUUUUAAAUACUGUUCAUUUUAAUUUGUUCCUUUUUCAUGAGGGAAUCAAAAGGCUUUGGUGCAGAAAUUAUGUUUUUUCCGGUUUUGUUUUAGCUUUUUUUUUAUGAAUCAUUCUUAAAGCAACGUGGUACAGUUUGAGCUGAUAUGUGUUUUCAUCAUAACAGGACUGUCUCUGAUGUUUAGGGCUUAGUUGUGUUUUCUCUCUCUCCACUGGGCACUCUCUUGAUCGGUCCUGUAUAAAGGUGCACUCAUGAACACUUGUCGACGGCUUCUGUCAUGCAAUGUAACCCCCUCCACUCCUCCCCCUCCCCACGUGUCUGCCUGUCCCAUGAGAGUGGCGCACACACACACUGGACACAUCGAGUGUGUGUGUGCGCGCGCCGCUCUGUAACCGGUUGGAACGGCAGUAUUUGAUAAAGGGGUGUGUGUGUGUGUGCGGGCGGAUUGUCGGGGGGGGAAACUGUGGUUCAGUUCUGUACCAACAUUAAAGAACAUUCCUCCGAGGUGUUGACGAACAACUGCCACGUCGUCUCUCUCUUGUCUUUAGAAAAUCAUCCAAGUGCUUUUAUAUGUUUCCAGUCCGUCGGCCUCGAGGAACAAACCGCAAGUGUCGCACAAGCACUUUACUUUUCUCUUCGUUGUUGUUGGGGCAUUUUACCCUUUUUUUCUUUUGAAUGGGCAUAAGAACUACGAACUAAUUAGCAACACUGCUGUCGGGGGAAAACUAAAAAACCAAACACUACGAUUUAUUAAUACUGACACGUGAAGCCGGAGGGUCUCGGGCUGAUGUGAUAAACUACUGCUGUUGUCUCUGAAAACGAGAGGAAACCUUUUGCUGCAUUUUGGUGGUGUUGUUUAUUUGGUGGUGACACAUCUUACAAGAGAAUGUGAGUGUAUUUUUAUGUUAACUAAAAGAUUGUAUCGGCACUCUGUCACCGUUUUUGUUACACUAGUAUGUAUUUUUCCAUCUCUGUUGAUUUUUAUCUUUGAUCCCAUUGCCAUCUAUUUAUUUUCAAAUGGACGCACUGAAACAGAAUAAAUUUUCAAAUUGAAUAAAGGUCACAUUUUUGAUUUUAA